AUGGCUCUGCACGCCGGCCUGGCAACACCUGCUCCACCAACAGCCUCAAUAUGGUCCCCAGAUUGCAUGUGUGAACCCUGGGAACUCCUGGCCGUUGACUUUGGGACCGUUUCUGGGCAAACCUCCGACGGAGAAAGUCUCAGCAGCGGCGACAGCGACAGCGUUCGCACAGAAACCGACUGCAGCGGCGCGGAGGACGCUGUUGACGACUUUCCCAUCGAUCCUGCCGAGGUUACGUCUGAACGGGGAAAAAACGGUAUUAUUCUCCAGGUGCAGCCGUGUUCCAAGCUCAUUGUCGACGAGGUUCAGGGUGUAGAGCAGCCGACGGCGGUGGUAACUAAACCAGUUGAACCAGAGGAAACUGUGGGAAUAGAUAAAGAGACAUCUUUGGCUGAUAGCCCAGGCGAUAAUGCUUGUGAGCAGAAUGGGCCAGAAAGUUCCGCCGUGGCCCCAUCGACUGUCGACGUCCUCCCUCAAUACGUGUACAGCCGUAGGAGACCGAGAGCUGCCUACCAGGCCGUAGUAGCAGAAGAAGGCUUCUCUAUCGCGACUGCUUGUAACGCACCCGUGUCGGCCAGGCCCGCGUUGCCCGCGCAGGGAGCGUCACAGGCUUACGCGCUAGGCGGUAUUAGCACUUCGGUUAUUUCGACCGAUGUAUCGACUCAGGUGCAAGGGCAGUGCGCUCGCGCCAUCCAAUGGCCCGCAGUUGUUGCUGGUCCAGCAAACGCGGAAGUGGCUGACGUGGCAGUAAAGGAGGAGGUGGCUGGUGGGGCAGCAGCAGGCGCAGGGGGGAAGGGGAAGGAGAAGCGGUGGGGUUACAAGCGGCCGUUCUGCCAAGUGACUCUUCAGCUGGAGGAGAUCGAACAGGUGGGUCAUUCUCAUGGGGGACCAGGGGUUUUGCCUGUUGCGGUCCUGAGGCGUUUACGGGUCGAUAGAGGAGAACGGAAAUCGUGGGGGGGGGGGGGCGGAGUGGCUGAACCGCUUUUGAUGGCGAAGGUUCCUCUGAAGUCGCAGAUUCAAAAUCUGGGCAUUCUUUUAUGGCAGCACCUAGACAUCUCGCUCAUUUCAUGCGCGAAGAGGCGACGGCGACAGCAGCAGCAGCAGCAGCAGCAGCUACAGCAACAUCAUCCGCAGCAGCAGCAGCAGCAGCAGCAGCAGCAGCAGCAGCAGCAGCAGCAGCAGCACGUGAAGGAGCAGCGGCAGAGGCAUGGGAAGCACGCAUAUGCAGGCAUGGGGGGUCGCCGAGAGGACGACGCCGCUGCAGCUGACGACGACGGUGAAGUGAGCGACCUGCAGCGAUGCGCCAUCCUGCUGCUGCGCCUGCGGAACCACAGCAUCGGCAGUUUCUUCAGCUCCCCAGUGGCGUCCUCGGAUCUCUGGCCAGAAGAGGCCCGGCGCUGCUAUGCUGCCACGGUCGACCGCCCAACAGACCUCUCCGUUAUACAGGCGCGGCUGAGCUCGGGGUACUACGCGGAUCCUCCAUCGUUCGUGGACGAUGUGCGCGCUGUGUUCGCCGAUGCCACGCGCUGCCUCCCCGCUGGAUACUGCCUCCGUGCUCAUGCCCUGUUGUUGUGGCAGAUGUUCGAGGCGGAUGUGGGGCACUACCGCAUCACAGCCCCUGCUGACCUCUCCUUACUGCUGCUUGACACUCCCCUUCCGGGAACUGACGCUGCUCUUUGCGCCGCUGCCACUGCUGUCACUGCUGCGCCUCACGUUCCUUCCACUGCUGUCACUGCCACCGCUUUCACAGCUGCUGCUUCCGUGGCUCCUCCAGGCAGUCUUACAGACCACGGUACCCCUUCGCGGCUGCCCAUGCAAGCGCCCGCGUGCGCGCCCCCCUGCCAGCAUCUGUCAGCGCGCUUCUUCUCCCACCACUCGUGCGAGCCAGACCCGCCUGUAGAUCUAGAGGGCGUUCGUUUGCUAGACGUGGAUCCGCAGGCGUGCUUACAGUCAUCACACAGUGAUUCUGGCGGCGAUUCUAGUGGCGGCGACUUGAGUGCUGGCCACUCACGUCGUCCUGGGGAGUGGGAGGAGGGUGGGGCGAAGGGGAGCGGGAGAGGGCAGGAGGAGAGGAGGAGAUGUGCGAUGGUGUGGGUGGGAGGAGGCGGUGGGAGAAAGGGCGGUAGGUGCGAGAGAAUGGUGUUGCUGCCUCAAAAGAGGCGGACGAGGAGGGAGAAAGGGCGGAGGAGGGACGCGGAUGGGUGGGAUGCGCCGGGCGUGGAGGAGACGGUGGUGGGGAAGGGCGCGGGGAGGGGAUGUGCGAGGGCGCGAGUGCAUUCCGUGGCAGGGCAACUGAAAGGGAGGCAAAUAUUAGCUCGGCUGUCGCAGGCUGAACGGGCUGGUUUUGAUGGUGGGAGGCGGGCGAGGUUGGAACGGGAAGAGGAGGCGAAGGUAGGGCUGGUAGGGGUCAAGGCGGAAGAGGCGGGGGAAUGGAGGGAUGGAGGUGGAGACUGUCGAGGGUUCUGGGUUUUGGGGAAGGAGGGUGGUCUUGUGAAGGAGGAGGGUGUGGGUUUAGCAGUGGCAGACACAGGAGUGGCGAUGGCGCCGUGUGGUUUGGCAGGAAAGGAGGAUGCUGAUGCAGUGGCGAUUAGGCCAGUGGUGGCAGCGCAAUUGCGUGUGGUAGAGGGGGGCAAAGAAGGAGAGGGCGAGAAGGGAGACCAGAGCGAGCGGCUGCAGGUGGAAGCUAGUGAAGGUGAGCAAGGGCGCGGAGCAGCUGUGCCUGCUAGCCUUCCCUUUGUGGUCGAAGCCGUGGGGGAUAUUAUGGCUGAGGUUGUGCACCACGGUGUGGGCGAGGUUGCUGUUGAGUCUCAGCAGGCCCUUGUUCCUCUGCAGUCCGCACAGGAGCUUGUAAUGGAGAAGAUGCGGCAGCACUCCCUGGCUUGUGAUGCCCGUGCUGCUCUGGAGGGGGGAGGCGUGGACGUGCAAGGUUGUUUUGGCGGGCAGUCUGGGAGUGGGGGCGUAGAGUUGGCAUUAUUGGAACGGAGCGAGGACCUGGGUAGCACGAGGCGCGAUUAUGAUGACGCUUGUCCACAACAGCAGGGGGACAAGGCAAUCCCAAUGGAUUGCGAUUAUGGCAAGAGUGGGGUGAGAAGAAGUGGGUGCAGGAGUGAGCGCAUGUGUGGAAGCGACCAGGGGGGUGAUGAGGGAGCGAGAGAGGGGGACGUGGGCUCUUGUGCCCGUGCACUGCCGUGUGGACCCAGGCAGAGCACACUCAAGCCGCUCGGGAGCAGGCCGGGGGUGGUCAAGGGUAUGGAGUGCGGUUGGGAGGAGAAAGGCGAGGCAGACGGGAUGGAGACAAGGUUUUUAGACCCCCUGCAGUGCUGUUUGCAAGGCGGGGAUUCUGGGGUUGUGGCUGGGAACUCUGGGGUGGCUGGGACCUCUGGGGUUGCUGAUGCUUCUGGUGAGGGUGGGAGUAUGGGUGGGAAGUGUGGAGUGGAUGGGGGUGCAGGGUUGGACGGGUUGUUUGCUCUGAGUGCCGCUGUUGAGGCUGGGCAAAGGCGAGAGAAUGGUGGGGGGAAGAGUGGGGAGGAGGCUGUGGGAGUGGUGGAGAUGGAGGUUGAAGGUGAGGAAACAGCAGGAGUAGCAGCAAGAGCAGCAGCAGGAGCAGGUGCAGUGGCAAGCAAGAGUGGGGUUGCGAGUGCGAGUGAUGGCAUGUGGAGUGCACGCACCCAUGUGCUCAUGGCGUGGGGCAAGCAGAAGGGCCGAUCGGGCAGGCACGCAUCGAAAGAGAUCAACGGAGAGGCAGGAGGAGAAGGCCUGAUGAUGCAAGUGGUGGUGGAAGGGAGUGGAGAAGAGGGCGUGUGGGAGCCUUGCAGGGGCGAAGAAGGGGCGGGUGUUACUGCUGCAGUGACGGAGCUGGGGGUUCGGAGGAGAGGAGGGGCGGCAGGCCAGUUGGCUGGUUGUGAAGGAGAGUUUGGCGAGUUUGUUCCAGUCAAGGGCGUGGAGAGUGGCAGGCAGGAGGAAGUGCACACGUUACAGAGCCUCAAGGACUUCGUCAGGGAUGCAACUGCGGCAGGAGAAGCAGGAGGAGGAGGAGGGGGAGCAGCAGCAGCAGCAGCAGCAGGAGAAGGUACAGGAGCAGGAGGAGCAGCAGCAGGGGAAGGGGCGAUUGAGGCUGAGCGGGAGGAAUUAAGCAGUCAAGUGGAUGCGCCAGCACCCCUGGGUACCACCGAUGCGAAUGGCAAGGCGCAGCUGGGGAUGCAAGGAGAGUGCAUACGCGCAGCAGAGGGGUCUGCUGCCCGCACCAGGCCCUUCCUCCCAUCGCAACGGAAAGCACUAGGUCAAAGGAAAGUGGUGGCGGGGCAGAGGCUUACCCAGUGGAGAACCAGCAUUCAUGCCAUCGAGAAGCUCAGCAACAGCCCAGUCAAUCCUGUGCAUCGCUGGGACACAGUACCGUUCAUUGAAGGCUGCAGCAACGGCAACAGAACCUAA